AGAGUGCGUGUGCGUUUUUGUUGAGGCUUAUGGCUUUUGAGAAGAUGGGCUGCUAUGGAGAAACAGUGUGUGUGUGUUGUUUAUAGCGGGAACUCUCGCUCAGUAAUUUCAUCUCCGAUUUGUUUCUUCUUGUUCGCAUAAGGAGUAAUAAACUAAAUUAAAAACCCUAGCGAAUCUCAUCUUCUUCUUUUUUUUUUCUCCGCCAUUGGAGGAUCACUGUGUGGUUGGUUCGUCUUCGAAACUGAUUCCGUCUUUUGAACAGAUUUCGAGCUUUGGGUUUAUAUCUCUGUGUACCACUAGGGUUAUCCGCUAGAUCUCAUCGAACUGAAGGAGAAGGGUGAUUUGUGUAGUGAGAUAUGAGUAUGGAGAUGGAAUUGUUUGUGACACCAGAGAAGCAGAGACAACAUCCUACAGUGAGCUUGGAGAAAACUCCUGUUAGAAGGAAGUUGAUUGUUGAUGAUGAUUCUGAAAUUGGAUCAGAGAAGAAAGGGCAAUCAAGAACUGCUGGAGGUGGGCUUCGUCAAUUCAGUGUUAUGGUUUGUCAGAAGUUGGAAGCCAAGAAGAUAACUACAUACAAAGAGGUUGCAGACGAGAUCAUUUCAGAUUUUGCCACAAUCAAGCAAAACGCUGAGAAGCCUUUGAAUGAAAAUGAGUAUAAUGAGAAGAACAUAAGGCGGAGAGUCUAUGAUGCACUCAAUGUGUUCAUGGCCUUGGAUAUUAUCGCAAGGGAUAAAAAGGAAAUCCGGUGGAAAGGUCUUCCUAUUACCUGCAAAAGAGAUGUGGAAGAAGUCAAGAUGGAUCGAAAUAAAGUAAUGAAUAGUGUGCAAAAGAAGGCUGCUUUUCUUAAAGAGUUGAGAGAAAAGGUCUCAAGUCUUGAAAGUCUUAUGUCGAGAAAUCAGGAGAUGGUUGUGAAGACUCAAGGUCCAGCAGAGGGUUUUACUUUACCAUUCAUUCUACUUGAGACAAAUCCUCACGCAGUAGUGGAAAUCGAGAUUUCUGAAGAUAUGCAACUUGUACACCUCGACUUCAAUAGCACACCUUUCUCGGUGCAUGACGAUGCUUACAUUUUGAAACUGAUGCAAGAACAAAAGCAACAACAAAACAGAGUUUCUUCUUCAUCAUCUACACAGCAGCAAUCUCAACACAGCUCUGCUCAUUCUUCCUCCAGUUCUUGCAUUGCUUCUGGAACCUCAGGCCCGGUUUGCUGGAACUCGGGAUCCAUUGAUACCCGCUGACCAAGAAAACUGAGAUUCUAUUCCCAAAGUCUCGAAGAAGAAGAAGAAGAAGAAGAGCAAGUGAUGAUCUAAUUGGUAUACUAAAAAAUUAUACAUCUGGUUUAAUGUUCAACUGGGAGAGACUGUAAAAUGACAAAUUCAUAGGCUUAUCCAAUUUUCCUUUUUAUUGGAACUUUCGUGUAAUAUUUCACCAGAAACCGAGUCGGUUUACUUUUAUCUGA